AAUAAAUCGAAGCGGGGCGGGAAUUGGUUUUGGUUUGUUCAGAUUGUGAAGCAGGCAGGCAGGCAGGCAGGCAGGCAGGCAGGCAGCGUUUAGUUGUUUCUUUCUUGUAUCGCCGAGCCGAAAAUGGUGUAGGAGGAUCUCCAUCGUCUCCAAAGUCCAAACCGUUCUUAGGUCUAUUCUAUCGCCUGCAGGUCUCUCUCUCUUCCUCUUCCUCUACCGCUAGAAUUAUUGCAUUCCUGUAAGAGUAGUCUUCGUGCGUUCUAUUAACGAUCUGAGGAACACCUUACAAGUUCAGCUGCUUCUGCUUCUGAAACUAAACGAAAUUAAACUUUCAGUUUAGUGAUUAUACUCUACACUCUGACACUUGUGUUAAGGAGGAGAACUACCGUGAAAUCUUCUUCACAAUUUCUUCCAGAUUGAGCAAUCCUGUCAAAUGGAAACUGGAGAUGUGAGGAAGCGCUUGAAACUAACAGUACAGGAUGAAAAUACAGAAGAAGUGGUGGCUGGAGACAAGGCAGUUGUUGUUGUUGAAGAAGAAGAAGAAGAAAGUGAAGUAACUACUAUGGCUUCUGAGCAGAUGGAAAAUGAUAUUUCCAACAUUCUUGAAAAGAUAAAUCAAUUCACUCAGAUGGUAUCUGAACUGCUGGAAUCAGGGAAGUCAUUCUUCAAGGAACUGAGCAAUGAAUUUGAAGAACGUGUGAUCCUAGUACACAAGGAGCAAAUUGACAAAUGGCAGGAAGAUAUCAAAGAACUCCGCAUGUUGGAUGCUUCCAAUGAAGAUACCAAUGCUGUUCUGUACAAUGCCCAAAAUCUAUUCCAGAAUGUUCAAAAUGAGACAAUCUAGGUUUGUUCGUUUUUGUCCAGCAACUAGAGUUCAUCAUCUAUCUGUUUGAUUGAUUCAUGUUGGGAUGAGCAUUUGCUAGCAUGUAGCUGCUGGCCAUUAGAGAUAGUAUCUAGAUUUUGUAUUAAAAAGAAAAAAAUUGUUAGUU